AUGCCUCCUCUUCCCGGGUUCUCGGACAACCCCUUCCGCACCCGGGCCGACCUCGUCCGCGCGGCGAUAGCCCUGAUACGGCCCCUGGAGCAGUACAAGUCUCCCUGCGAGGCGCGGAUCAAACUUGCGACCAAUACGGCAGCGGGCUUUGACGAGGUCGCGGCGCAGUUGGAAGGGUUCGCGAGGCCGCUGUGGGUUGUCGCGGAUCUCUUGAAUGACGUUGGAAGCGGCGGCAGGGGUGACGUCUUCGCGGACUUGAAUCUGGAGUCUUGGGCUUGGGGGAUCGUGGCGGGAACGUUUCCGAACUCUGAAGAGUAUUGGGGCGAUGUGGGUGAUAUCGAUCAGCGGAUGGUGGAGAUGGAGUCUAUUGCGUUUGCGAUGCUCGUUGCGCCUGGGCCGUUUCUUUCGGCUUGUGAUGAUGAGGAGAAGAAGGAGAGGCUCGGGACGUGGCUGGGGCAGAUUAAUGGGAAGAGGAUGCCGCAGAAUAACUGGCUUUGGUUCAGGGUGUUUGUCAAUCUGGCAUUGGUGAGGGCGCUCGGGGUGCCAUUUGAGGAGGCGAGACCGAUGAUGGACGCGGACUUGAAGGUUCUGGAUACGUUCUAUAUGGGAGAGGGGUGGUCUAGUGACGGGGUCUGGGGAAAGGAAAGGAAGCAGGCUGACUAUUACUCGGGGAGCUUCGCGAUCCAGUUUGCGCAGUUGUUGUAUGUGAGGUUCGCUGUUGGGGACGAGGAGAGGGUUGAGAGGUACAAGGUGCAGGCGAGGGAGUUUGCAUCGAGUUUUUGGAGGUAUUUUGACACAAAUGGGGCUGCGAUACCGUUUGGCCGGAGUCUAACGUACCGUUUCGCGUUCGCUGCAUUCUGGUCAGCUGCAGCAACCGCUGGUGUGGAACUCGCACCGCCGCUCGACGAUCCUGGAGUAGUCAAGGGAUUGUUGCUACGACAUCUCCGGUGGUGGGCCGGACAUACGGACAUGUUCAACACGGACGGGACGUUGAGCAUCGGGUUCACGUAUCCCAACAUGUACAUGAGCGAGGACUACAACUCGCCGCAGUCGGUAUACUGGUGUCUCAAGAGCUUCGUCAUCUUGGGCCUGCCCGAAGACCGCGCCUUUUGGAGGUGCGAGGAGAAGCCUCAUCCACUCCAGGAUGUCAAGCCUCUGGCCCUAUCAUCAGACAGUACGGCGGUGACGAGGAAGCAGUCGAGCCCGGAGCUGGUGAAGGUCGUCUGGCCAGCGCGGCAUAUCCUCUGCAACGGGCCAGAACAUCAUUUCUUGCUUUCUUCAGGCCAGAUGACGAAGAAGAGCUUCAAGGGACGGGAGGCAAAGUACGGCAAGUUCGCCUACUCGUCGGCCUUUGGGUUCAGCGUCCCCACGGGAGCGCUGCUUUCGCAGCUGGCGCCUGAUAAUACGCUGGCUGCUAGUAUCGACGAAGGUGGGAGUUGGUGCGUGAGGUGGGAGCCGACGGAUGUGAGAAUCGAGUUUGUGUCGGUGUCGUUGUCUAGCGCGUUCUACGAAGUGCCGUCUCUAGUCAGUGUCUGGAAACCGUGGAAGUGGCUUGAUUUGGAGGUCGAAACGACACUGGUUCCUGUCAUGGAGGUCUUUCCCGGGUGGCAUGUGCGAGUUCACAGGGUUCGAUGGAACGCCAGAGGGGAGAUUCCGUCGUGGGUCGGGAGUGUACAGCUCGUCGAUGGAGGGUUCGCUAUCGAUUCGCAUACGGCAAAGGGGACUUUUCUUCCCAAGCGAGGUGCCCGAGAAGUGGAUGGGCAGUGUUAUACUGAGGACAUUGAUAGGGGUCUUGUCCUCUCCUCAGCCGGGGCUAGCGGUAUCUCUGAUAUCAUUGUUGAUGGGGAUGGGUUGCGGGGAGAUGUCGAUAGAGGGGCGUGGGUGUUGAGACCGGAUCCCAACACCAAUCAGAUCGUCCAGAGAUCGUUCAUUCCUGUUGUCAAUCAUCAGUUCAGUCUUCGACAGGGUGAAGAGGCAGGGAAUGAGGCAGUCGUAGACUCGCUCUGGAUGACUUCUGGUGUGUUUGCUGUCAGUGCCACAUCCGGGCUAGGCGUGAGCGAGAUUAGAGCCAUGUGGGAAAUAAGACCCCAGGUGUUGAUCAACCAGGGAGGAGACGGUAGAUGGAUUAUCCGGAUUUCUGGAAAUUGA